GCAGCCUUGAAAAGACAUGUUUUGCGAUUAUUUGACAACGACCACGUCGUUUUUAAUGUAAAGAAUCUCGGUCGGAGACGUUUGCCACAGGUUUAUCGUGUUGGAGGUGAAAGGCAAUACGAGGGCCACUACUUUUUGCUCGACAUUGAUGGUCCCGCAGAUGGCCUUCGGAAAGUGAAGCUGAUGGCUCAGAAAGACAACGACAUCAUUAAGUGCAAUUCGUGCAGUAUUGACGACGGUUGGAGACCUCCAUGUAAAACUCCAAGCUCUCCAGUUUGUGAAUUUGGUGAGAUCCGGAACCCAAAUUACGAAAAGACAUCAAAAACACGGCAUGGUUUCCGAGCUUUCUAA